AUGCGCUAUCGGCAUUAUAUGUACUAUGCCGAGGAGAGUCUGAUGUCGCCGAUUCAGGUGCAACUGAUCAUGAACGCGCUGAAAAUCGCCCCCAUCCCCUUCUUCCUCGAACCCAUCACCAGGUUCAUAUUCAGCAAAGUCAGCGCCCAGUUCCUGGACCAAGAGCUACGCAUCUAUUUCCGCUUCCUCGAGGAUCAGCUGGCGUCUGCGCAGGAGCAAGAGCCGUUUCUGUGCCGUUCAGGCGAUAUCUAG